CGGGCUCAAGACGCCAGAUUCCGGAAGAGGCUGCACAGUUGUGGCGGCUCUUUCUGCGUUGAUGUUUAGUUUUUUUGCUGCGGGACCGGCGAAAUACACAGCGGCAUCAUGGUGGAGGAGGUACAAAAGCAUUCUGUGCAUACACUUGUGUUCAGAUCAUUGAAGAGGACCCAUGACAUGUUUGUAGCUGAUAAUGGAAAACCUGUGCCUUUGGAUGAAGAGAGUCACAAACGAAAAAUGGCAAUUAAGCUGAGGAAUGAAUAUGGGCCUGUGUUGCAUAUGCCUACUUCGAAAGAAAAUUUAAAGGAGAAGGGUCCUCAGAAUGCAUCGGAUUCAUAUGGUCAUAAACAAUAUCCUGCCAAUCAAGGACAAGAAGUUGAGUAUAUGGUGACAGGUACGCAUCCCUAUCCAGCAGGACCUGGGGUUGCUUUAACCGCAGAUACUAAGAUCCAAAGAAUGCCCAGUGAGUCAGCCGCACAGUCCUUAGCUGUGGCAGUACCUUCUUCGCAGGCCAGGGUUGAUGCAAAUCGUAGCGCACCUGCUGGAGGUUCUGACCGUUCACAGCCCGCAGGGAUGACUUUGGCUGUUAUGGAGGGUGGCAAUGCCAAGAACUCUGCACUGAUGGCUAAAAAGGCCCCUACAAUGCCGAAACCCCAGUGGCACCCGCCAUGGAAACUCUACAGGGUGAUCAGUGGGCAUCUUGGCUGGGUUCGAUGUAUUGCUGUGGAACCGGGAAAUCAGUGGUUCGUCACUGGAUCUGCUGACAGAACUAUAAAGAUCUGGGACUUGGCUAGUGGCAAAUUAAAACUGUCAUUAACUGGGCACAUUAGCACAGUUCGUGGUGUGAUAGUAAGCUCGCGGAGCCCAUACCUGUUCUCCUGUGGAGAAGACAAACAAGUCAAGUGCUGGGAUCUUGAAUACAAUAAGGUUAUAAGGCACUAUCAUGGACAUCUGAGUGCAGUGUAUGGUUUGGAUUUGCACCCAACAAUUGAUGUGCUAGUAACCUGUAGUCGAGACUCCACUGCACGGAUUUGGGAUGUGAGAACUAAAGCCAGUGUACACACAUUAUCUGGACAUACGAAUGCAGUUGCUACAGUGAGGUGUCAAGCUGCAGAACCACAAAUUAUUACUGGAAGCCAUGACACCACGAUACGGUUAUGGGAUCUGGUGGCUGGCAAAACAAGAGUCACAUUAACAAACCACAAAAAGUCGGUCAGGGCUGUGGUGUUACACCCAAAACAUUACACAUUUGCAUCUGGUUCUCCAGAUAACAUAAAACAGUGGAAAUUCCCUGAUGGAAGUUUCAUUCAAAAUCUCUCUGGUCACAAUGCUAUUAUUAACACAUUGACAGUAAAUUCUGAUGGAGUGCUUGUAUCUGGAGCUGACAAUGGUACAAUGCAUCUUUGGGACUGGAGAACUGGCUACAAUUUCCAGAGAGUUCAUGCAGCUGUGCAGCCUGGGUCUUUGGACAGUGAAUCAGGAAUAUUUGCUUGUGUUUUUGAUCAGUCUGAAAGUCGUUUACUAACAGCUGAAGCUGAUAAAACCAUUAAAGUGUACAGAGAGGACGAUACAGCGACAGAAGAAACUCAUCCAGUCAGCUGGAAGCCAGAAAUUAUCAAGAGAAAGAGAUUUUAAUGUGACAUUCUCUUCACAGUGUUUUUUGUUUUUGUUUUUGUUUUUGUUUAGCCUGGUGUUGAUGAGGAUACCCAGUCAUCUUGUGCUCUGGCUAGUAUUAUAAAGCAGAAACUCACAUGCUUGAAUCAUUGCUGCUUAAUAUUUUAUAAUAAAAUGUGUUGUCUCCCCCUCCCCAUGUUUUUAUUUCUAAAAUAAACUGAGAUCCUAGGAAGAUGCAGAUAAUCAAACACAUGCAGAUUUGUUGAAUAUAACUAAAGAUAGAAUAUUUUGUCAAUUUUAAAAGACACAUUUUUUUUUUUCUUUUGACUUACCAGAUUGCCUGUCAUAACAGGACUUGUUUUGAGGGAAAGUUUUUUUUUUUAAUUCUUUAAAAACUAGUAUCUGUGACUGAUAAUUUUGUAUUAGAGUAUUUGAGGUUUUAGUUUAACUUUUGUAUGUUGAUUCCACAGACAGCUUUUGAGUGCAUGUUCUGCAAAGUUCUGCACUAGAUACUGUUUAGAAUACAGACCAAUAAGAUGUGGCUAUCCUCCAAGACUCCUGAUUUGUUAUAGAAUGCUAUAGUAGAGGUGCAAGUGAAAAGCUGGGGCAGCACAGAGGAAAAGACUCUUUUUCUGGGAGGAUUGUGGAAGACUUCAUGGAGUAAGUGGUAUGUGAGCAGAACCUUGAGAGGGCAGAGAAGGAAAUGGGUAUUCUGAGAGGGAACAACGUAAAUGAAACCAGCCAGACGUGUGAAAGUGCGUGUCGUGUGCCAGGGAGAAAGUGUCGUCUGCUGCCAUGGAGUGUGCACAGCUGGUUGGGGAUGGGGAAAGCUCGGGUUUUGAGUCUGGAUUGGUCGUCAGUGCCAAUAUAGGUAUCAGAACCUGGAGGACUCACUGGAGAUGCCAAUAGAGCUAUUUGAAGCUAUAGCAAGGGCUGGAGUGGAAAGGGCUGGAGACUUUAUAGAAAAGUGUUAAGUUUCUAAUACCUAUGCCUCUUUUUGGCAAACAUGAGUUUUAUAAAUCCUGCCCUUAGGAUCCUGACUCCCCAUCAAUCAAGCAGAUUUGUCAAACUUCACUACCUAUAGUUAGAAAAUGCAGUUAAAAGAAUAAUUGGCUUAACUUUUUUUUUCCAAAUUAAAAAUUACAGUUUUGGAUAAGCAUUUCCAAGUUACAUGUUUGAUCUUGCAUGCUAUAGGUGGGAGUGUAAUUGUUAAAACCUUUAGGUGGAUAGUUUUCUGGUAUAUAUUGAAAAUGCUUGACCUCUUUUGCUAACUCUUUAUUAGAAAUGAAAUUACUAGGAAACUUCCUAAUAGGAAUAAUCUGACAAGCAUACAUAAGCAAGUUUAUUGCAUCUGUGUUCUUUAAUAGUUAAAACUAACCCAGAUGUCCUAUUGAUAAAGGGCUGGUUUAAUAGAUUAUGAUACCUUUGUGGGAUUUAUUUCUAUCAAUUAAAAGUGAGGAAUGUCUCUGGACUAAUAAGAUGUCCAGACUUUUAUGUAAAAAAAAAAAAAAUGCAAGCACUGGUAAAAUAACUUGUUAAUGCUCUAAAAGAUAAUGGAGAAGCAGCACCACAUUGUUAUCAGUGGCUUUGUGAGGGAGUGGGAUUAUGGGAGAACAUUCAUGAUUGGCUAUAUAUUUCCAUGUUUUAAUUUUCUAUAAGUGUGUAUUGUAAACUUAAAUAAAUUUUAAAAAAAACAACAAAA